UCAACAUGGCAGCAAGUGCUAGUCUGACACAGAAAGGAAUAGUCCUGUUUUUAUUAGGAAUUGUCCUCGGAUUCUUAAUGACAUUUUUAUUUUCUAAUCAAUUUGAUCUCAGAAAUCAUAUCCGGCAAGUACCAAGUGGUGUUUUUAUUCCUAAUAGUCCACACAGCCACGGAGAGAUGGACCAUCUCAAAGGUCCAGACGAAUCUGUUGACUGGUCCGAAGCUCAUUUCCACAGUCAUGCAGAAGAGUCGAGCAAGAUUGCAAAGGAGUUAGAAAAGGACGUGCGUGUUCUUUGUUGGGUUAUGACAAAUCCAAGUAAUCAUCAAUCAAAAGCCAAGCACGUGAAAGCCACAUGGGGCAAAAGAUGCACUAAACUUAUAUUUAUGAGUUCAUCAGAAGACCGACAUCUCCCUGCAGUAGCUUUACCAGUGCAUGAAGGGCGUGACAAUCUAUGGGCAAAAACAAAAGAAGCAUUCAAAUAUUUGUACAAAAAUCAUUUGAACGAUUAUGAUUGGUUUAUAAAAGCAGAUGAUGAUACCUAUGUUAUUGUUGAAAAUUUGCGUUAUUUUUUACAUGAUAAAAACCCAAAGUCUCCUGUUUAUUAUGGCCGUAGGUUUAAACCCUAUGUUAAACAAGGCUAUAUGAGUGGAGGGGCUGGAUAUGUUCUAAGCAGAGAAGCAACAAAAAUUUUUGUGGAGAAGGGUAUAAAUAUUCCUGGCACAUGUAGAGCUGAUGCUGGUGGGGCAGAAGAUUUAGAAAUAGGACGGUGUCUAGAAAAAAUUGGUGUAAAAGCAGAGGAUAGUAGAGAUGAAUCAGGAGGAGAAAGAUUUAUGCCGUUUAUACCAGAACAUCACUUGAUUCCUGGAAUUCUACCUAAAGAUAUGUGGUACUGGAAUUACAAUUAUUACCCUGCAAAACAGGGACCAAGCUGUUGCAGUGAUUUUGCUAUCACCUUUCAUUAUGUUCCACCCAAUAUGAUGUAUGUGUUGGAAUAUCUAGUUUAUCACCUGAAACCUUAUGGUUAUGGGCAGGUUUACACCAAAGUACAGCAAUGCGAUAACAAAAAUACUGAUGACAGCAAAACAUUGACUACAUCAAACCCAGAAAAUGAUGUGAAAGUAAAGAAUAUAGAUAGUGUUUUAGAUAAAACAGAGAGUUUUCAAAAUAAAGAGAAUAAAGACAGUAAUAAUAAUCAAGGAACUGCUGAAGAAAAAGUAAAGCAACCCUCAUGAUAAGUACCGGUGCUGUCACUGCUGUCAUAUGUCAACUGUUUUCAUUUCCCAUUUUCAUGUUUGUGCAGCUGUAAUUAUAAUACUGUUAAGAAUCAAUACAACUUACUCAGUAUUUUUUUCCACUUCAAUAUUAUAUAUCAAUUCUAUAUGAAGACUGUAUGCUGAUGUGUUUUCACAUAUUUUUUUUAUAUUAUUAAUUGAAUGUUUUUAAAAAUUUGUGAUUCCUUAAAACUUGAUCACAUCAUCAUGAACAUUUGUAUUUACUCAGUUUGCACGCCAAUACUGUUGUGUCGAGCUUUUUGUAGGUCAAAAACAGAAUAUUGUACAGCGCAUAUAGCAUGUUACUCAGAAUACAUUCUAGAAAUCCCCAAUUUUACAUUGAUCAUGCAAUAGUGUUGUUGAUUAAUAAGAUAACAAUUGUAGCCUUUGGUUGAGGUCAAUACGAUGUUAUAUCAACCAAGAGAAGCAUAUCGACUUUGGACUUCGUCCUCAGUCCACAUGCUUCUCUUAGCUAUAGGUUGAUAUAACCUCGUAUCGACCUCAUACAAAGGCUAUAAUUGUAUAACGGUACUUUUAACCAAAUUUCCACCUUCUAAUUUAGAUUUAAAAGAUUUGUCCCUCCAUUUUGUAACCAAUUUUUUGUAAAUAAUUAAUAAUAAAAAUGUGUAAACAAGAAGGAUAAACUUUCAAUAAACAGACAGCUACAGACAUCAAACAGGUAUAAAAAGUACAAGGGAAUAUUUGUAAGCAAACACUAUUUUAUAUAAGCAAAAUAUUGUUUAAUUGAAUAUAAGAUUUGGUAUGCAGUUUUAUUACUGUAAGAUGUAUAGAGACCAUUGUUACUUUGAAGGUACAAAGCAAACUUGGUAAAAGUAAAUUUAUUAAAAAGCUAUGAUUUA